CUUCAACUUUGCGCGCGCUGCGAAAAGAUCCGCGAGAAGAUCUGUCGCUGUCGGAAACCCCAAGCGGUCGGGGACUCGGGGGGGUGUCGUGCAUGCGUUUGUCCGGCGAACCGAGGCCUCGCGUAUAUCCUCGCGCUUUUUCACCGCACACCCGGGAGAAAAGCGGGGAGAAGGCAAAUUCUCUCUGAAGGAAUGCCCUCACUCGCACGCUUCUCUGGCAACGGCAGACAAACGGAGACAGUGCAGAAUCGCUUCGUGGCGGGCGGACUGAUUUUCUGGCUUCCUUUCUGCUUCGAAAGCUCGCGCAAAAGAGCGACGCCUGCUGUGUGGGGGGCGCCUGGUGUGACGUCUGGGACCUUCUCGUCUGUUUCUGCCUAAGAAGAGAAGCAUUUUCUUCUCCAUAUAUCCGUCAGACAUUUUCCUCUUCCUUCUCCGUUCUCCGCGGCCUCCUUCCACUGCGUCUUCAUCCCUCUUACCGCGCGCCUCUCCCUGUCUCGCCGACCCUCAAGUUUCCUUCGCUGCUUCGUCCCUCUCUGGAAAAGGCAAAAAGCUGUUUGCGGCCGUCUUCUACGCAGGUGCCUUCUUCGUCGUCCACGGAAGCUGAAUUCCCUCGCUUCUCUUCAAUUGUCUUCAAAAUGGCGGCAGAACGCAAGUGGGCGGACUUCGAGCUCGACGACGACUACGAGCUCGGCGACUUGGUCAAUACUGCGACCGGCUUCGAGACGAAGCCGGACGAAGAAGGCGUCAAGACCGUCACAACCUACACCCAGACUCUGCGCGGCGAAACUCUCAAGGUCACCAAGAGAAUCAAAGUCAUCCGCAAAUGCCAGCGAAUCAACAAGGAUGUCUACGCGAGGAAGAACAUUGUUCCCUUCGGCCUCGACGCAGCGGACGGGGACCCUUCCCUGAGCGCCACAACCGUCCGAUCUCACGAAGAAAUCAUCAUCGAGGUCCCGCGCAGCAGCAAGCAACGCAAGUUCAAGGAGGAAGAGGAAGAAGAUGACUUCUACAUGGGAGACCUGAAUCCGUCGAAGACUUCCCGCGACUUGCGCCAAAAAUUCCGUGCUCUCAGAGAAGACGACGAGGCGGGCGCGGCUGGCGGCGACGGCGAUGAGGAGACAGGCUUGCGUUCGGCCGGUGCUGGCAAGUACAUCCCGCGCGCGCGGCGGGAGGGAGAGACCUUGAAGGACGUGGAAAACAGACGCCGCGAAGAGUGCACCAUCCGAGUCACGAACUUGAGCGAAGACGUCAAGGACGAAGACCUCACAGAGUUGUUUGGAAAGAUCGGCAAAAUCGAUCGCAUCUACCUCGCGAAACACAAGGAGAAGAAGUGCAGCAAAGGCUUUGCGUUUAUCACCUACCAGCGAAGAGAAGACGCGGUGCGGGCAAUUCGACAACUCAACCGUCACGGCUACGACAACUUGCUCCUCAACGUCGAGUGGGCCAAGCCGUCGAACAGGGACCGAUAGAGGCAAGAGGUUCCUGUGCAUGCGCGCUGCUGAGGAAACGGCGAGAGUGGCCUGGCGACGGCGUCUCGCGCUUCGCUUUUUUCGAGACUCACUCUGGCAUGAACAGGAGAAGGAAGCGAGAACUGGAGUUCUCAAAGCGCUUUCGCGCUCGAUCUGCCUCUGUCUCUCGAAACACCGAGUGCGACGAGGUGUGGGGUGUCUGUACAGCCGAGAAACUUCCUUUGGAGUGUCGAAGACUGCCACGCGGUUUCUGUCUCAAAAUCGUUACUUUCUCUCUGUGCAUUGAACUCAUGGCUCUCGUGUAGAGACACCCGGUGCGUACGACCUGCGCGAUCUACAUAGUCAAGUUCUGUUUUCGAAG